UCUUCCACAAGUUAGUUCAUCUAACAUUCUUUGUGAUACAGUAUUCUCAUUCCCACUUUCAUCAUCAUGACUUCAAAAAACGAUGUACGUAUUCAUGUUUCUGAGGACAAAACCGAACAACAUGACCAAGUGUGUAUAGAGGAAGACUUUGACUACUCACAAAGGGGACAGUGGUUGCGUGCUGCUGUCCUGGGAGCCACUGAUGGUCUGGUCUCAGUAGCGUCUCUGAUGAUGGGCGUCGGAGCUGUUAAACAUGAUGUUAGAGCCAUGAUUCUUACCGGCUUUGCUGGUUUAGUUGCUGGUGCAUGCAGCAUGGCAAUUGGUGAGUUUGUUUCAGUCUACUCUCAAAGAGAUGUCGAGGAGGCGCAGUUGAAGAGAGAGAAGAGAACUACUGGUAACAACGAUGAGGAAAAUGGUGAGAAGGAAGCACUGCCGAAUCCCGUUCAGGCAGCUGCAGCAUCAGCACUUGCAUUUAUGUUGGGGGCCAUCAUGCCCUUACUUGCUGCGGCUUUUAUUGGGGAUCAUAAGAUUAGGCUAGGUGUGGUGGUAGCCACAGUGAGCCUUGGUCUAGUGAUUUUCGGGUGGAUUGGAGCUGUUUUGGGAAGGACUCCCGUGUUGAAGUCUUGUUUAAGGAUUCUGGUUGGGGGGUGGAUAGCUAUGGCCAUUACUUUUGGACUGACCAAAUGGAUAGGCUCUUCUGGUCUGUAAUUUUAUUUUACUGAUGGAACCUCUUACCACAAGUCUCACAGGAUCCCACCAAUAUGUCUGCUGUUGAGAUUUGCAUUUUUUUGUGUGAUCCAAAUCCCACCUAGAUGUCUUCACUGGUUUGAGAGUUAAUAUGUAAAUAGGUUGAUUUGCUCGUCUAGUUUCCCCCAGUGUAACAGUAAUGCGCCAUGUUAUGUGUAAUACGUUUAUUCAGUUCAAAGAAUCUGAUCACUUUUUUUUAGUUC